GCUAAUUAAUUCAAUUUUGUUUGGCGUUAUCCAGAAGAAAUAGAUCAACAGAAAUGGGAGCUGAGGAGCCUGAAGAGAACGUCACUCACAUGGAUGCUUCGCUGUAUAAGGCAGCAGUAGAAGGCAACAUUGAAGUAUUCAAUAUUAAGCAGGGGCUUCAACUUGAGUCGCUAAAGACCCCAAACCAUGACAACCUGCUCCAUGUUAACGUGGCAACCCACGAGAUUGCUGCCUGGCUUUUUAACAGAGUUCACUCAAUAUUCAAAUCCUUCGUCCGACUAAAUGUAUUCUUCCUUGUAGAAUAUGAAUCAUUCGAUCCGUCUUUGACAAAUUUCAUUGCUAAGAUAAGAGGAGAAAAAAGAUCAGAUUUUAUCGAACAAAUUCUCAGCAAGUGUCCGUCACUGCUACUCCAAACGAAUGCUAAAGGUCAAACUCCUUUGCACGUUGCAGCAAGGUAUGGACAUUCUGCUAUUGUGAAACUUCUAAUCAAGUCUUGUGCAAAAGCUAGAGAUGGAGAUUUAGAGAAACUGGGAAUGGAUCAAGUAAAUGCAGUGAGGGAGAUGCUGAGGAUUAGGGAUCAGGAAUCCAACACGGCUUUACAUGAAGCAGCACGGUGUGGCAAUGUCAAAGUGGUGAAAGCAUUGUUGGAGUUUGAAGACCCUGAUUUUCCGUAUUCUGCCAACGAAAAACAGGAGACUCCACUUUACAUAGCAGCUAGGAGGACAGGAUCUGGGCGCUUGUUGACUCUAUUAUUAGAUAAAUUCAAAUCAACUGGUCAUGGCGGCCCCCACGGUAGAACUGCUUUGCAUGCAGCGGCUAUGGCUGGAGAUGCAGAGGCAAUAAGGGUAAUAUUAAAGAAGGGGAAUUUGACAAAGGAAAGAGAUGAAGAUGGACACACCCCUCGUCAUUAUGCUGCACACUUAGGUUCUAGAUUAUCAGUUGUGGAAGAACUGUUAAAAAGGGAUGUAUCAGCUGCCUAUAUAGGUGAUAAAAAGAGGGGGAUGACACCCCUUCUUAUGGCAGCCAGGCAAUGUAACCUUGCAACAGUUUCACAAAUCCUCUCUUUAUGUCCAGAUUGUUGUGAAAAAGUGGACAGCAAAGGUUUGAAUUUACUUCAUUAUUUGGCUUUUAGAGGCACUUUCUCUCCAUUAAGGUUUUCUUUUUGCAAGAUUCGUGGUACUGAGAUUGUAUACGGACCAGUAAAAAAUCUAACGGAGUUGGAAGGUGAGUUUGGAAUGACACCUCAAGAAGUUUAUAAUGCACUUCGAUCCGAGAAAAAUCAUCAGAAACAGAUGUGUAAGUAAGAAGCUCCCAAACACCAGGUGAUGGGUCUUCAAAAAAAAUGCAGAGUAAUUCCCAAAUCAGGACCCAGCGGCGCCAUAAAGUCUGCAAUCUUAAUAUCUUCCCGUCUCUUAUGCAUAAAUUGGAAUCCAUCUGCCAAUAGCUUGGUCAUUAGUCGCCUCUUUAAAAUAUCCAUCGCCCCUCACAUUUUCCGAUUCAAUGAUAACCUUCCGAUAGCCUUGGUGUGAGGCCAACAAUUUAGUAUUUUAAUCAUCUUUAACAACCUUGUUUUGGCCCCAUUUGCUAAUUUUAAUUAAUGUUUUAUGAUUAAUUCA